UUUUUGCUUUUGACAGUCAUAAAGUCGAAAUUACAGUCGGCUGAUGUUGUUUCUAUUUGAAUGAAAUUCAUUUAUAAAAAUCAACUGAUAAAAUGGGAAACGAACAUAUUUGAACUGUACAUCGGCAGUACAGGUCGCUUAUCUUGUAAAUCGAUUGGUAUUUAGGCUAACUGGGAAUAUUUGGAGAACUGUUCUGGCGAAAAACUAAAUUGAUUUGUCAAGUUGUGAUAAUAAAUAGUUAAAUAAGUGAUAAUAGAAAUAAUGGCAUCAACAGUAGUAAAUGGUUUCACAAAUGAAGUCGAAUCAAAUGAAUUAUGGGAAGAAGUCCAAAUUCCAGUACCGUGGGGUUUCGUAGCAGGCAAAUGGUGGGGUUCUCGAAGUAAACAACCAGUAUUAGCGUUACAUGGUUGGCAGGAUAAUGCAGGAACAUUCGAUAAAUUGUGUCCACUGCUGUCUCCGAAUCUAUCAAUUCUUUGCAUAGACCUGCCCGGCCAUGGUAAAUCGUCACAUUAUCCGAAAGGCAUGCACUACUACCUUUUCUGGGAUGGAAUAUCGUUAAUUCGUCGCAUUGUCAAACACUUUGGCUGGCAAAAGAUAAAAUUGUUGGGUCAUUCGUUGGGAGGUGCAUUGAGUUUCAUGUAUUCGGCUUCAUUUCCGGAUGAUGUUGAUCGAUUUAUCAGUAUUGACAUAGCCGGGCCUACAGUCCGAGAUCAUCGAAAAUCGGCUGCAAACACCGGUGACAGCAUCGAUAAGUUUCUGAAAUAUGAAAAUCUGCCGAUUAGCAAAAUGCCGUGCUACGAAUAUGAAGAAAUGAUAGACAUUGUGGUGGACGCCUAUGCGGGUUCCGUCGAUCGUGAUGGUGCUAAAACAUUGAUGAUUCGCGGCAUGGGCUCAGCACCGAAAUCGAUCAAUGAAAAAGGAUUCCAUUUUGUGAGAGAUUUGCGUCUUAAAGUGUCGGCGUUGGGAAUGUUUUCGAUGGACCAAGUGCUUAGUUAUGCCGAACAAAUUAAAUGCGACGUCUUGAAUAUUAGAGCUGUACCUGGCAUGGUGUUCGAUAACGUGGAAGUGUAUCCGAAAAUUUUGGAACACACCAGAAAGAAUGCAAAGAGUUUGCGGUAUGAGGAAGUAUCUGGUACACAUCACAUACAUCUGAACACGCCGGACCGCAUUUGCAAACUAGUUGAUGAGUUUCUGUUGGCUGGACAAGUGUCCGCAAGCAGUAAACCUUAAAUGGGUUGUGGGAAAUUGUAGGAAUAUUGAGCACCGAUUAUACGUACUAUUGCCGCACACAUACACACACCAAUUGACAAAAUUAAUUGCAAAGAGUUCCGUUGAAUAAAAAAUUAAUUUAUUUUCUGAAAAUAAAUGUGUU